UAAUUGGCUCUCUAAUUGAGGUUUUGCCUUUAAAGUUAACCUCCAAAGGCUUCUCCACCAUUAGAGACUAGCUUUGAAGGACCCCUCAAAGGCCUCUCCAUUGCAAAAAUGAAGUUCUUGAGUUGGAUGCAAAGUAAUAAACUCCAUGGAAGAGUAAAAUUUCAGAACAAAUCAUCAAAUUCAAACCCUUCAAUUGAGGAACGUGAAGAAACCAGCCCCUCUUUGCCUCUUGGCUUGCUAUCAAUUGGAACUUUUGGCAACAAUGUGUUAAGAACGAACAAGACCGAUGUUGAAAACGUCGUCGUUGAUGCUCGAUCUCCAGGGAAAGAAACGGAAGACAUUGAGUUGAGGGAGAUUGAUGAUGAAAUGAAAGAGAAGAUUGGUUUAAUGAUUGGGGAUGAUGAGAAACAUAAUCCGAAAUCCAUUGUCAAGAGAUCUGUUUCAUUUCUUGUCAAGAAGGUCUUUGUCUGUGGUGGAGGUGGUUUUGCACCGCCGCAGCCACCACCGAACUUCAUGGAUACGCCGCAAGACGCAACGAUGAAGAAGAUUUUGAGGAUGAUGCUUCACAAGAAAAUUUACCCUAAGAGUUCUUCACAAACAGCUUCAUUGAAGAGAUUCAUAAAGGAGAAAGAGAGGAGAGAUAAGAGAAAUGAAGAAGAAGAAUGAUGAUUGUAAUGUAAAUAAUUGAGGGUCAAAAUGGAUUCAAUAAUGUAAGCUAGAGAAUUGAAAUUUGAAUGGCCAAUAGCCAUAAACCCACAUGAUCUUGUUUCCCUUUUUAACAAUUGUCCCAAAAGCUGAUGAUGUAUUGAAUCUCCAAUAUAUUUUACUCGAUUUUUAAUUAUAGA